AGUGACAGUGGCAAUCAGUGUCUGUUCCAUUAAAAAUUUCAAUUUAUGCAAAUACUAUGUACAAUUCUGUCACCUGAGAAGCGCGAGCUCAUAGGCUGGCCUGGCCCCAUUUGGGGUCGAAGUUCAAAGUAAUGACGUUCCACCGACGAAUCAAAUAUGGAGUCUAUCUUUCAUGAGAAACAAGAGGGCUCCCUAUGUGCCCAGCACUGCCUGAACAACCUGCUUCAGGGCGAAUAUUUCACUCCCGUGGAGCUGUCUUCUAUCGCGCAUCAGUUAGAUGAGGAGGAGAGAAUGAGAAUGGCAGAGGGAGGAGUAACCAGUGUGGAAUACAGAACAUUCCUACAGCAACCUUCUGGAAACAUGGAUGACAGUGGCUUCUUCUCAAUACAAGUCAUCAGUAAUGCUUUAGGGGUAUGGGGCUUGGAGCUGGUCCUCUUCAACAGCCCAGAGUAUCAAAGACUGAUGAUCGACCCAAUAAAUGAAAAGGCAUUUAUAUGCAACUACAAGGAACACUGGUUUACAGUACGAAAACUAGGACAACAGUGGUUUAAUCUGAACUCCUUGUUGACGGGCCCAGAGCUGAUUUCAGACACAUAUUUGGCUCUUUUUCUAGCACAGUUACAGCAAGAAGGGUACUCCAUAUUUGUGAUCAGAGGGAACCUUCCGGACUGUGAGGCAGAGCAGAUUCUGCGCAUCAUGAGGGUAGAGCAGCGGCAGCGACCCAAGCUGAUUGGAGAAGAAGCAGCCCAGUCUAGCAGUGGCCAAGCAUUUGCCGAACGGGGCACAUCAAUGCAGCAGAUGUUGGAGGUGGGGCAGGGUCUGGAAGAGGGCGUGAUUGACGAGGAUGAGGAGGAAUUACGGAAGGCCCUGGCCAUGAGUCGACAAGACAUGGAGGUGGAGGACGAAGAAGCCGAUUUGCGCCGGGCCAUUCAGCUCAGCAUGCUUGGUGCAGCUGGGAGCAGUCAAGCCCCUGAGACCAGAGAUGAGGGUACAGUCCAGAUUGCAGGGUCCACUCCCAAUGAGAAACUGACUGCUGAAGAACUGCGUAAGAAGAGGCAGGCCUAUUUUGACAGGCAGUCCCAACAGCAAGCUCAGACCCCCACACCACAACAAGCGCAGACACCCACACCACAACAACCGGACAGCAGAAGCACUGGAGCACUGGCAGGUGGUACAGAAUCAGAAGAGAGCAGCGACAAGCAGGAGACUGAGAAGAAGCCCAGCCAGUGAGGAGUGGGCCAAGCUCAAUCAAGCCCAAGAUUGACCACUCUCUGCCAUGCCCGUUCUCGCGCUGCCACGCCCCUUCGUGAGGGCCAGCCUCUCCCCCUCUCCCCCUCCGUAUAUAGACAGACAGCCAAUCAGGUUCUGAGUUUCGCGUGCAUAUUGUAGACAGAGAUAAGAAAUCAAACAGUAGAAUAUGUUAUUUUGCCAUUAUGGUGUGGAGGGAGGGGAGGAUCGGCUUCUGUUAGUUAUUCCAAGUCUGCGGUGGCCUUCUACCACAGCGCCUUCAAUUUCUAUUUAUUUUAAUUUAUUUAAUUGUCAUUCUCUUUGGGGGAAGGCGGAGUGGAGUGUGUGAGCAGAAACACAGAUGAGCGUGGCUCUGUUGCUGAGCACGGAAGGCCCAGGGGUGAGACUGGAGCCCAGAGGAUGAGAGGGAUAUAAUGGGGUGCAUUCCACCAGCCCCCAUGUCAUGGGACCAUUUUGGGAUUAAAGGGGUGUUCAGUUAAAACCCCUCGCAUUCCUUUUUCACCGGUUCCCACCGGUUCCCUGCAAGGUCAAGAAUCUGGUGGUUUUCCAGAAAUGUGGUAUUUUCUUGGCACCAAGCGUGCUUUCAUAUAUACCAUAAGGAUUGAAAUGCUCCUCCAUUUCACACUCAGAGGGCAAAUACUGUGGCUAAUGUGGAUGAGGAGCGCGUUUAAGGCAUUAAAAUUCUGGCCCUGUCCUGAAGAGGUAGAUUGACAAACUGUAGCUUGCCAUUUCUGACAUCUACAGAUUGCAGCACAGUUUGUUGGCCCACACUUGGAAAAAGUGUGCACAAAGCAUGAUGCAUUUACAGUAGCUGUUAUUCUUCUGUUUUGGCAGUCCCAUUUUUCAACCCUUUUCACUUAUUUUCAAUCAAAUAUGUUCUUAGUAAUUACAUGAUUCUGAGUAGCAUGUUGUAAUAUUGGGAAUUUUUGUUUUGUCUGGAAACUGUCCUUUUAAUGACAGUGACCCAAUAGCAUUAACUCAGUAUGAAAAAAACACAUUUUACCACAACUAAGUGAUGCAUCAGAAGGUGACUGGCAAGGAUUCAAAUGUCAUAUUUGUAAGGACUCUAAAACAAUAGAGAAUACCACUCAACAGUCAUAUUUGAAAUAGCCUUUAUUAGCCAUUAUUACAGGAGAGUAUGUUCAGAAUGGCAGCAGUUAAGCUUGCUAAACAUUGUUUUGAAAACCUACAUUAUGCGCUGUGUUAACUUCUCUAAAAAAGAACGGAAGGAUAUCAUACUUCAAUAUCUGCAGAAAUGGUCUGUUUACAAAUAUUGAGUGUUUACAAUGGAUUUCAAGUAAAACAUUGUAGUUGCAAGAGGUGCCAACUUAAGUACCCCUUGGUUAAACAUGGUAUUACAAAAUGUCGGCAUUGAAUGUGAGAUUUGCACGCAUAGUGGGGAGUUUAGUUGGGAGUUGUUUUUGUUUGUUUGUGGGUCCAGGUUAAAUCCAUUUUUUCCGUUUUUCUUGAAUACAGAUCAGGCAUUAUUGGGACCAUGUUGAAGCUGAUACGCAAGGGCUUGUGGGUUUUAUUUCUGUGUAUUUCUUAACAUCCUGUCAUAGGUAUUAAAUGAUUUUUUUAAAUGUUGUAUUCUACUUCACUAAGUGACUAAAUGCUGCAUUUCUGCAUCUGAAACUUUUUUUUCAAUAAUUAAAAUAUCAAUUUCCCCACUGUAA